UUUGGAACGAGUACACUGUGAUGUCCACAGGAACAUCCACAUACAGCUCAGCUCACAAUGGAAGUGGACCACGUCUUGACCUUAUGCACGUCUAUAUAUCGUAUAGUUGAGAACGCCAAAGCCAACAAAGAGCGCUGCCAACGAGUUGCCAAAAGAGUCAAAGCUUUGGAGGAACUCGUUCUGACCAUCAAACAGAGAGGAUUGUGCCAGUUCUCAGACCCGGUGAACAAUGCUCUGAGGGAAAUCUACCAGACUUUGUCAUCGGCCAAGGCACUGAUCACGAAAUUCACUGAAGCAAAACCUGUAAUGAACAUUUUGAAAUCUAGCAGUAAUGAAGACAAGUUCGCCAAGAUUAAUGAGAGACUAAACGAUAACUUCCAAAUUCUCAGUGGGGCUCUACAAAUUGAGCAUGGAGAUACACUCAACAGAAUGUGUCACACUCUUUCAAGGUGCCGUUCGCUUAGCCAACAAGGAGAUACACCCGACAGAAUGUAUAACACUCUUCCAAGGUCCCAUUCGCUUGACCACCCACCAGAAAUUGGAUUUGGGAAUCCAACAAGUCUUAUGUCUCAGGACUCUGUUUCGAGCCCCACAGCACCCCCCAUGACUCCAAGGCCACUGAUGAGUCCUACAGCUUCUCCUAUGAUCACACCAGCUAUACCCGUCACCACCCCCACAGCUGCCAUGCCUGUCCGCAGUGUGAUGCCUCCCAUGUCUCCCAGUCCCAUGAUCCCCAUGCCCACUCCCAGCAUCAUGCCUGUUAAUAAUCCCAUCAUGCCUGUGAAUUUCUGUAGACCCAUAGCACCUUCAGUAUUCGCUCCAACAGUUGUGUCCCAACCUUACGUGAACACCGUCUUCAUCCCCCCCAAACCUGUCAUUCGCACCAUUGCCCCAGUGACUGUGCGGCCAGUGCACACAGUAACCCAGAUGUUCCCUGUUAAUACUCCUCAAAUGGCAUUUUCUCAAACAAACCAAACUGUUGUAACAACUUAUGUGGUGAAAAGGCCUUUUUAAUCUUGAUGGCUUAGUGAGUAAGUUUUAGAAGGGGUUUGCUGUUGUUAUCUUACAGUGUUUCAACAGUAGCUCAAAAUGGACUCCUUCUUUUAUCUUCUUCUUCCAUUUUAUAAUGGGUAACAUCAGCGUUCAGGUGUAUUAGUGUUACCAGCCAUGUUUGAGUGAUUACCAGGCUUAUUACGUUUAAAUCAAACACUGGCUCUAA